AUGGCAAGCGAACCGACACCUCUGCCACCAGACCGAGUUACGGAUUGUGCGCCAUUUGAAAUCAUAGGGAUUGAUUUGGCUGAACCGCUGUUUUUAAAAAACGGAGGAAAAGCAUGGAUCGUACUGUUCACGUGCGCUGUGUACCGUGCCAUUCACCUUGAACUCGUAAAUUCCCUUUCUACUGAUUUUUCUACUGAUACUUUUCUUCUGGCGCUUCGACGAUUUGUUGCUAGGCGCGGACGCCCUAGAAUAAUCUAUAGUGAUAACGGGACAAAUUUUCGGGGUGCAUCUAAUGAUUUAUCAAAACUAAAUUGGGCUAAAGUAUUAAAGGAAACGGGAACUGAAAGGAUAAUCUGGAAAUUUAUUCCACCUACUGCAGCUUGGUGGGGCGGCUGGUGGGAGAGGUUGGUUCGUACAGUAAAAGAAUUGCUGAAACGUACUUUAGGUAAAUCAGUGUUAUCAUAUGAAGAACUUUAUACUAUUAUUUGUGAUUGUGGAAACUAUAAUUAA